AUGACUCCGGUUUCCAAAGCUGCGAAGCGCAACAGGGCACGACCGCACCCGUAUCUCAGCGGCAACUUUGCCCCCGUCCAUAAGACUGUGCCGUUGACACCAUGCGUCUACACAGGCGCAAUUCCUGAUGAGCUCGUGGGAGGGGAGUACGUUCGGAACGGGGGCAAUCCUGUCUCAAAUGAGGACCUCGGUCGCGAUGCGCAUUGGUUCGACGGAGACGGUAUGCUGAGUGGAGUGGCCUUCACAAGAACGACCAAUGGAGUCCAGCCCGAGUUCGUCAACCAAUAUGUCUUGACAGAUAUCUUCCUGUCCACCAUCGCAUCGCAACGCUUGCGCACCCCUCUUCUACCCAGUAUCGCUACUCUGGUCAACCCGCUUUCGCCGCUGUACAAGAUCAUUGUCCUGGUGUUUCGUGCGAUUUUCUUCGUGAUCCUGUCCUGGCUGCCGGGCUCUGUACAGGUCAUCAAGAAGAUCAGCGUUGCCAACACCGCUAUCAUUUUCCACGAUGGCCGGGCUCUGGCCACUUGCGAAUCAGGUCCACCAAUGCGAGUCAGCCUUCCAAGCUUGGAAACCAUUGGCUGGUACAAUGGCAAGAGAGCUGAAGGCGAGCCUGGGGGUGAACAAGGCCCCGGCUUCGGCGGCGAAGGCAUAUUGGGCUUCAUGAGGGAAUGGACGACUGCACACCCAAGGGUAGAUUCCCGAACCGGAGAACUGAUUCUUUUUCAUGCGACCUUCGCGCCGCCGUAUGUACAUUACUCAAUAAUUCCUUCUACCCACAAACCGAUCGUCUCGACAACGCCACUCGAAAGGCCGACCAGGCUGCUGAACGCUCCGAUUCCUGGGAUAACAUCGGCGAAGAUGAUGCACGACUUUGGCGUUUCUUUCAACCAUACCAUCAUCAUGGAUCUGCCGUUGUCUCUCGAUCCUCUCAACCUGGCCAAGAACACACCGGUCGUGGCCUAUGAUCCUAUGUCCAAAUCUCGGUUCGGGAUAUUCCCAAGAAAUUCGCCAGAGCUGAUUCGCUGGUUCGAAACCAAGGCUUGCUGUAUAUUCCACACUGCUAAUACUUGGGACGACCAAGUCACUAACAAAGAGACUGGUCGAGUAGAUACGAUCAGCGUCAACAUGCUGGCGUCUCGAUUGACGUCAGCCUCGCUUGUUUUCUCUGCUGGCAAUAUUGCGGUACCACAACCAACAACCCUUAAUGGCACUGACGAAGAGGACCAGUGUCGACUGUAUUAUUAUCAGUUUGGCAUGGAUGAUUUCAAGUGCAACCGGAUAAACUACCAAUUUGCCUUGAGUGCCAUCCCGUUUGAAUUCCCCUCUGUCAACGAAGAAUAUGUCAUGGGCCGAGUUCGAUACAUUUAUGGUUGUUCAACCUCCGAAGGCUCGUUUGGUGCGGCUCUCGGCAGAGCGGUCAAGAUCGAUUGCCUCGUCAAAAUCGAUGCGGAGACCUUGAUCAGUCGAGGCAAGAAGGAUCCAAGUCUUGUAUCGGUCACUGGAUGCGUCGACAAGAGGUCACUUUCUGACAUCAUAAGCUCUGGUAAUACGAGAGAUGACCCGGUCUCAGUGUUCAAACUGCCACAGGGAUGGUAUGCUCAGGAGCCUCGCUUUGUGGCACGUCACAAUGGUGAAAGCGAAGAUGAUGGGUGGUUGUUGACUUAUGUCUUUGAUGAAUCGCAGCUGGAUGCGGAAGGCGAGUGUCGGCCCGAUGCUAUCAGUGAACUGUGGAUCAUCGACGCAAGGGAUAUGACUACCAUCGUUGCUCGGAUCCAGUUGACACAAAGGGUAACCUAUGGUCUUCAUGGCAGCUUCAUCACUGAAGAUCAGAUCAAGACUCAGAGACCCAUCGAAACCAUCCGUGGUAUCAAGGAGCUGGAUCACCUUAGAUCAGAGGCUGGUCUCUGGUCCAGGGUCAGACAAUCGGUCGAGAGGUUGCUCGCAUAA